AUGGCCCGACUCGCAUCUUCUCUCGCCCUUGCCUCAUUCGUCUUUACCCAACAAGUCACCGCCAUCCCCUGGAUCGGAACAGAAUACAUCGCCGUGGAGAUAAAAACCUUUGCAUCUGGCUACACAUACGGCGACUUCACCGAAACACCCCUCCUAGAAACUCAAACGGAGGAGAUAAAGCCCACAGUCCAAAACAUAGAUCCCAUAGCAACACAGACAACCAUAUAUGGUAGUCUCACCCCAUCCGUCACACAGAUCGAUCUGGUCAUCGCACCGACAGACGGCGUCGCCAUCACCAGCUACAACAUCCAAGAGUUCUACGUCAAUAUCGUCUACACGGCGCCGGCGUCUUGCUCAUAUACCGCGAGCAAAUCCAUCACCACUGCAGUGGCGGUCUACGUCCCCUACCAGGCGGAGACACUGCUCAAGCCCACUGCUACGAUCACAAGCACGUGGUCAGAGUCCCGUAUCGCAGACCGGUAUACCAUCACCAGGGCAAUGCUUGCCCCUACCGAUAUCCCCAGCGACGUCUACCAUUCCAUCAGCUCCGCCAACGUUCCAAACAGCUACCUAUACUGCGGGACCUCCGGCGAUUACCCCGGCUUCCCCUCUGGUGGCGGCCCGUACGCGGGAGGUAGUGGGGAUGAUGAUGAUGGUGACUACGCUGGCUGUGAUGAAUUCACCUGGUAUCUCGACGGCUCAGCUUUUUCAGGCGGAUACUGCUGCGCCGACGGAUGCCACUAUACUUGGGGCAUCUCGCCACUGGGAUUGGGCCUAGCGAUCUUCUUCUCGUGGUGGGGACUAUUUCUUAUUGUCGGCUUUGUUGAGAGCUGGUUCAUGUUCCGAAGAGUAAUGCUAGGGAAGAAGAGUCAUCGCGGCCUGCCGUAUGGUUGGGCUUUUCUAUGUCCUAUACUUUCUUGUUUUGGGUUGCUUUUUGUUAAGAGGCAUCUGGCUAAGACGCCGGCUGAGCAGGAAACUUUGGCAAAUAAGUGGCUGGAUAUGACUGGUGGUGAGAAGUUUAAGCUCUGGGUUAAGUAUGGUUUUCGUCGGAAUGAUCCUGCGGCUGAGGUGUUGCGGUAUUCUGCUUCUGCUGGACCUGCACCGGGGAUGGCGGCGCCGUACGCAGCUCCUGGGCCUUGGGGUGCUCAGCAUGAGUAUCAGGAGACUUAUCAGACCACGCAGGGAUAUCCUAGGGAUGGGGGCGAGGAUGGUCAGCCCAAGAUUGUGACGGUCAGUGAGAGUGAGAGGACAUGA